UUUUUUUUUCCCUUUUACGCUACCUUUGCAUACAUCUGUCCACUUUCUCCGUUUCCCCCUUCGUAGUCUUGUCAUAUUAAACGGUGAUCCACACUCAUGAGUAACAUUUCGCCACGGUGGUUCCAUGCUGCUGCUGCUACCAAGGCAACCAUCUAUUUCACAGGCGGAACGGCUCAAAGUAGUUCUGGGAAACAAACUUUUCUCGAUGAAGCUCUUGCCUUAGAUCUUACCCGUCCAUGGACAAUAGACGAUCCCGCAUUCACCCAACUGGAUCCCAUGCCAGCUCCACUCAGUGGUCAUUCUAUGAGCACUGUUCAGGGAACACCCCAGCUGCUCGUCGCCGGGGGUGAGUCCACAACAAAAGUCGCCCCUAUCUUUGUUUAUGAACCUUCAAAGGAUGGCAGUGGCAGCUGGUCUGCACCGCCCUUGUCCGCCAACGAAACCGCUACCUUCCAUCGACUCUUCCAUGCCUCCACCAGCACAGGCAAGGACGGUGCCUUGCUCCAAGGUGGUUACCUAAACUCUGCCAAAAAUGGCACCGUUGUCCCCACCUUGGUCACCCUCAAGGGAGCCAACAACUUCCGACCCAUCUCGACCUCACCUGUCUCCCUUGCAACAAACGCGCCUUCACUAGCACGUCAUACCAUGACCCUGACCACCGGUGGACAUGCAGUUAUUUUAGGCGGUGUUGAUUCACAAGGGAUCGUCGCUAACCUAUCUAUAGCCUAUGUUCUUGACACACAGACCACUCGGGGAGAAUGGAAGGCAAUAUCUCUCCAAGGAACUCCUCCAGAUCCUCGCAUGUCCUUCACAACCGUCCUUGUCAACACAACGACUAUGCUAGUCUACGGUGGUACCACAGACUUUAAAACUGCCCUUUCAACUCCUUUCUACCUUGACCUCCCCACCUGGACUUGGUCUUCUCCCACAGUCAAAGGGGAUGCACCUCAGCGGUGGGGCCACACCGCCACGAUGGCUGGAACAUCCAUGGUGGUAGCCUUUGUCAGAGACUAAUCACGUUGCUCUCUUUGACACGACCACCAAUACCUGGACAAAACAAUAUAAACCCCUUGGGAUGAAUCGUCCAUCGAAUGACAUCGAGACUGAAAAGGAAGGCCGCCUUGGGGUGGGUGCAGUUCUUGGUAUUGCAUUCUUGGUUACAGUUGCGAUUGUGGGUGGAACGUUCUAUCUGUUGGUCCAUCGACGCAAGCGUCGGACCCGCAACACUCUGGCGAGGGAGAACAU